AUGUCUCAUAGUCAAAUUAUGGGUAAAUUGGAAGAGUUCGAGCCUGGUGAGGAUUUUGAAACGUACAAAGAACGUCUUCAAAUUUAUUUUCAAAUUAAUGGAAUUGAUGAUUCUAAAAAAGCUUUGAUUUUGUUAAGUUUGAUCGGUAAAAAUACUUAUAAAAUACUCAAAUCACUCGUCCAACCCAAAAGUCCAUCGGAGUGCAACUACAAUGAUUUAAUUAAAGCAUUACAAAAAUAUUUUUCACCGCGAUUAAAUAUUCGUGCUGAGCGCUAUAAGUUCAAAAAAAUCAUCCAAGAAGAAGGGCAAAGUAUCCAGGAGUUUAUUAUCCGUCUGAAAGAAGUCGCACAAACAUGUGAUUUUGGUGAUUUUGCUAAAGAAAUUAAUACCAAUACCACAAAGUGCUUCGAAAAAAUGCAGGAACAUAAGCCACUUCAAUUCAAGUCGUUUGCCUUGGAUGAUGCACUUACGGAUCAAUUUAUAGCAGGUGUAAGAAACGAAGAGAUUCAACGCGCCUUGUUAAAUGACUCUUCACUAAAUUUUGAAAAAUGCUGUAAUGUCGCCUUAACAAUGGAAAUGUCCACAAAAGAGUCCAAGUCAAUACAUCCAGUAGUCUCAACACAGUUUGCUAUCAAAACGUCAUCAUCAAGUCCACAGAUUAAAAAUAGUUCUGAAAGUCAUAAGUCAAAGCAUAGUUCUAUCAGUGGUCAAAAACUUGAUGUUCAAGGUAAAAUCAGUGUUCGCGUGGAGUUUCAAGGACAAACUUAUAAUCUGGAAUUAAUAGUUGUUGAAAGUUCAAAUUAUUUCCUUCCAUUAAUGGGUCGAACGUGGCUACAAGUUUUAACACCACAUUGGAGAGAAAAGGAGAGGCCACAUUGCUUCGGUCUGCAUUCCCACAGAGCUGCCAAUACUUUAGAGAUUGAUGUCAAUGAUGAAGCUGAUGAAGAAGACAUGCAUGAUGAUAUGUACGAAAUAAAUAUGCUGGGUCUGGUGGAGAAGCAGGAAGAGGUGCAUGCGGUGAGGCUACACAAAAAAACAGAUGACACAUUUGGUAGGGGCAGUAUUCCAAACAUUAAAGGCGUUAUUAAACUUAGGGAAGGAGCUACUCCAGUUUAUAUGAAACCCUGGACUAUUCCAUACGCUAUUCGAUCGUUGGUUGUGAAUGAGAUAGAAAGAUUAGAACGAAUCGGAGUUUUUGAGAGGGUUGCACAUUCUGAAUGGGGAACCCCAAUUGUACCCGUUAUUAAGGCUGAUAAGUCAGUUCGCUUGUGUGCCGACUACAAGGUGACACUAAAUAAUUGUGUUGUUAACGAUGGACAUCCGAUUCCUAAUAUUGAUGAGCUAUACCAACAGCUUAAAUACGGCGAAUAUUAUUGCGUUUUCGAAAUCUAUCAGGCAUACCUUCAUCUGAACUUGUCUGAUGAAAGUUCGAUGUAUCAGAUUGUUAGCACUUUAGAAGGACUUUAUAGGGUACGAAAGAAUCCCUUAGCGAAAAUCGGAGAUAAAAGCUUUGAAGUACAUCAAAUUUGGGACGAAACUUUACCCAUUACAAAUGAAGAAGUCGCCAGAGAAAUUAAGUGUGACAAGGAACUUUCUUCACUUUGGCUCUUGUUACAAACGGGUGCCAGCUUGAAAGAUACACCAUACAAUAAUAUGGAAAGCGAGCUGAUGUUGAAUGAAAGAUGUAUUUAUCGUGGUAUACGAUUAAUAAUUCCACUCUCUCUACGAUCUCGGGUCCUAACUGAGCUACUUUCAGCACACAUAGGCAUAACAAAAAUUAAGUAA